AUGGAAGCCCGGUGUGGACCCCAAUGGCCCGAGGCGUCAGAACGUUUUUGGAAUUGGAACGUUUUGGCGUUUUCUCCGGGGCAGGCAUUGCCGUUCACUAGUGGAGGACACCUGCAGUCAAGCCCAACGGCCACCUGGUGCGUGCCCGAAUGGGCCCAAAAGUCAGAACCUGUUUGGAACGUUUCGGCGUUUGCUCUGGGGGAGGCAUGGCCUUUCAUUAGUGGAGGACCAGUUGAAGCACUUCGACUGUCAAAUGAAGAGCUGAAACGUCAGUGCGAAAACUUGGCUCACGACCUGCGAAAUCUGUGGGUCAGAAACCAGGAACUGGAGGAGGCGCUCUCCUCUCACAAGGCCCAACAACAAGAAUUGUGGGCCAGCCAAGAUCGAAUCAAAUAUUUGGAAGAGCAACUGCAAGCUGCACAGGUUGACGAGGAGACGGAGCCAGACAGCACAGACGUUCCUACUGAUGAUUCCUCUGGUGAUGAGGCUACUGAGUCGGAAAGCUCCGACACACACGGCACGUCUGAGGCACUGGUGAAGCUCCUUGAGGUCUUCAUACUCAGUUGCCGGAACGGCGUUGCGAAAUCAAAGGACCUAGAGGCUGUGUUUGAUGCACCAGAAGCCCUGCAUGAGGACCCUUCAGCAUUCUCGGAUCACGUUUCACCUUGUGGUGCCGAGAGCCAAAGGAUUGAACAGAGGCAAACUGACUCGUCGACAGCCCCAAAAGUUGCUGCCAUACGGCUGACCCCGGCAUUGCCUGAGGACUUGCCGGAACCACCCUUGGCUCCCCUCGAAGAGGAAGAUGACAAGGAAGAGGAAGAUGACAAGGUUGAUGAGAAGGACACGCCGAAACAGCAAAGGCUUUCUAUUGGUUCGCAAGACUCAGACAGAUCGGACAGCACGAAGAUUCCUAGUGACGAUGGUUCGUUUGGCGAUGAGGCGACUGCGACGGAAAGCUCCGACAUACAGGGCACAUCUGAGGCAGAGACGAGGGCAUUGCAGGAGUCCAUGGAUUUCGUGGAGAAGGCACCAAAGUCUCAAUGGAAGCUUCCCGCAUCCGUACUGCGGCUCACUGCAAGACUAGGUGUAGAGGCAGAGACAAGCACGAAAGUUCAGGAAGUAAGGCUGGAAUCUCUGGAGACCACUCUCCUUCCUGAGAUAUUUCUUCAUCUCCUCGGCUUUCUACCUGUGAAGGAAGUAUUAAAGUACAACCUCCAAGCAGUUUCACGCAACUUUUCGAGUCGUGAGGUCUGGAUGACCCACUUGUUAACCUUGUUGGAUUACGAUUCAUUCCAGCCUGUCACUGGCAUUCCGACGGUCCCGGUGUGGCAUCCAAUUGAAGAGUUUACGGCUUGUGUGCGCGUUACUUCCAAGUGCACAGACAGAUCUUUGUCCAUCAGCGAGAGAAGGGCUUCUCCUCCUGUAGCGCAAUUUAUUGCUGAAGCUUCAGAAGGCUUCCAAGGCUGCUUCCAAGCCUUAUGCGGCCCGUGGGCUGACAAGCUCCAAGGCCAUUAUCUUUUCCGUGUCAAUUGGAUCAGAAAGAAGGGGGACGCUCGUUUUGUGAAAUACUGAGGGAAUCAAGACGCAAACAGUUUUUGCCACCA